AUGAUCAAACGGGUCGCCCUUUUGCUUCUGUGCCUUUUCGUCGUCUUCUCGCGCUGUCAAGAAGACGUCCCUGAAGAUGUGGAUCCGCCUUUGCCAGUCGUCGUGGCUAACGAAACGACGUCUCCAGCGGCCAAAGAAGCGGCUCCAGAAGUCGUCACUCCUCUCCUAACAACUCCCAACAAAACAGUUAUUGCUCCAACAUCUAGAAUCUCACGUUUCCAAUGUUUCAGGCAGAAAUGAAAGCAGACAUUUCCAAGAAAGAAGAGCUUCUGACCGGCAAAGAGGUUUCUGGGCGCAUUUUCGGAUUUUUUCAAUAAUCAUUUUAAGUCAACUUUCGCAGCGACGGAAGCUUUGUUGCUGAGUACAUUGGCUGCAGGUUUCUUUGUCAAAUUUAGAAAGAAAACAGGAAAAUACUCAGAGACAGAAGCGCCGGAAGCGAAAAAAGAAAAAGAAAAAGAAGGAGCGCCGGAGUUUGAACGAGCCGAAGAGCAGGUGGAAGGCGGCAAAGGCGAGGAGGUGAUUAUGCGAAAAAAGAGACAGCUUAUUGAGAUCUGCUGUAAUAUAUUGAAUGGACAAUACUUUCAGAGAAACUAAACUGUUAAAGAAAAAGUAUACGGCAAGAAAAGGUUCAGAAGUUUUAGUAGCACAUUUGUUUUCAAGCUAGCAUUUGCUGGUACGAAAAAGUAUAAUGUUUUCCGAUCGUCGCCAUGAAAUAUCACGGUUUUGCAUAGAAACAUUCCUGAGAAGUCAAUAAUUUAUGAAGUUCUGAGUUUAAAUCGAUUGAACAUCGAUUCCAGGAUCCUGACGCAAACGUCGAUAAGCCGGAAAAGGUGGAUCCCCCGAAAGACGAGGCCGACGGCGCCGCCAAGGAAGACCGCGAGACGGCCGCUGCCGGACAGGUGAAAAGUUUGCUUCUUUUUUGAGUUUCAAACCUCCUUUUGAGUUAGUUUUUUUUUAAGAAAACGAAAAACUUUGAACCAAAAAAGGAUCCAUUUUUACCGAAAUGUUUUUCAUCUGAGCAUCCAGUAAAAAAAUGUCUUUUUUUUUUGAAAAUGUUUCUGAAAGAGCGCUGUUGUGCGAACACAUUUCUUUUAAUUUUAAAAUUUUAAAUGAAGUCACCUCUAUAUUUAAUAAACUGGGAAUUUCGUUCGGCGAAUCUGAGCGCCGUGCUGCAAUGUGAUGAUUCGCAUGCAGAGCGGUCGCGAUGCGUUUUUGGCCGCUAAAAAAAAUUGAAUUAACCGCAUUUCUAUGGUAAAAGUUUUUAUUUGUUUGUUAAGAAACUGAAAAACUUCCGACAGAAAUUCCUAGGAAUGGAGGAAUACAAAGUAUGAUCAUAGUAAGUUUCUCACUAGUCGAAAGUAAUUUGAAUCUGCCUGAAAAAGUUUUUGAAUAGUCAAAAUAAUGUAAUCUGAGAAAGAACAAAUGUGUUUGAGGUGGGCGGAAGCUUACACGAGGCGGUAGAAGAGGCCAAGGGGAAUCCCGUGUUGGAAACGAAGCCGGAAGGAGCGAAAGUCGACGAUGACGACAUUCAGACCCUCGAGCCGCAUCCUCAGACGGCGCGGUCCAGUCGCUAUCAGAAAGUCGGUCUCAUCGUCAUCCAUCCCUUGAGUGACCUCUUCAGCAAAGCUCCGAACUGAAACAGCCUCCGGUCAACUUUGACGACGACGAUUCGACGGGAUUCAUGACAUUCUUCCUCAUCGGAAUGUUCCUUGUCGUCGGCGUCUACCUCGUCCAACACAACAAGAAGAAGAUCCUCGGCGAGUUUCUUGAACUCCCUCAAGAAUCAUCAAUUUAUUUGCAGGACUUGUAUUCGAAGGUCGUUCCGGCCGCUCUUCGUCUAGACGGGGAAACGUCCGCUACAAGAAACUCGACCAAAAUGACACUCCGAAUGACGUCAUUUUCUAA